UGUGUCCAAGUCAACACAGAAAGGGGAAAAGGAAGGAAGGGAAGAAGGAAUAAAAGGAAUUACGAAAGUGCUUAGAAACAAAGCAAACCCAGCUUACCCAAACCAACGCUGUUUUUUCUUUCCCUCCUUUCUUCGUAUUGGUUCCUUCUUCUCAGAUCGCUAAUUCUUCUUUCGAUUCGAUUCGCUUCUUCGUCCAUAGUUAGGAUUUGAUCUCGCCGCCGGCAUGGGUCAAACGUUUCGUAAACUGUUUGAUUCCUUCUUUGGCAACACUGAGAUGCGGGUUGUGAUGCUUGGUCUUGAUGCUGCUGGAAAAACAACUAUACUCUACAAGCUGCACAUUGGAGAAGUUCUAUCAACUGUUCCUACAAUUGGUUUCAAUGUGGAGAAGGUUCAGUAUAAAAAUGUUGUAUUCACAGUUUGGGAUGUCGGAGGUCAAGAGAAAUUAAGGGCACUUUGGAGGCACUAUUUUAACAACACAGAUGGUCUGAUAUAUGUUGUCGACAGUCUUGACCGAGAGAGACUUGGGAAAGCAAAGCAGGAAUUUCAGACAAUCAUAAAUGACCCAUUUAUGCUCAACAGUGUCAUCUUGGUGUUUGCCAACAAACAGGAUCUGAGAGGAGCAAUGACACCAAGGGAGGUAUGUGAAGGAUUAGGUCUCUUUGACCUCAGGAAUAGAAAAUGGCACAUACAAGGCACUUGCGCGCUUAGGGGAGAUGGCCUUUAUGAGGGCUUGGACUGGUUGUCCUCAACUUUGAAAGAGAGACAGGCUGCUGGAUACUCUUCAAUAGCACUAGGAACCUCAUCCUUCUAAUUUUCCAGGUAUUUUGGCCUUAGGCUUUGGCGAUUGAUGCCAUGAUGCAUGGUUGUAGGGUUUGGCCAGUUCAUUCUAAAAUGUUGUGAAUGUUAAUCAAAUUUUUUUUAGACUCACAUCUGGAGCUCGUGAGGUAUAUAUAGUUGGUUCAACUUUUCAGGGUAUUUGAGAUAUGACUUACUCAAAUUAUAGUAAGUUUGUGAAUUAACUAGAUUCGGUUGCCGUAUUUGAACCCUCUCAUUUAAGUGCUGCGUGGAUCAUUUAUUCAUUC